CAUUAACAUCUUAUAUCUAUGAUUAUUUUGAAAAAAAUAAUAGCAUAACGGUGCUCUUCUAAGUGAUUUUCUAUCUCGACAACAUGCGUUUCCGCCUUUAAUCACUCCAAAUUAAAAUAUCCAUUAUGGUGGAAAUUUGUGUCGUGGCAAGUUGGAGUUUAUGGAGGGUAGAGGUAUCCUCGGGUAUCUCUACUCUCCAUAAUAAUGUAAGCAACUUUUUGAAUUAAUAUGAUCGCGAAACUAAUUUCGCAGAAGCUGAUCGUUGGAGAUUUUAAACCACCAAAUUUAUUAUUAAUUCUUGGUGGAAGAACGCUAAAAAUCUGCGACUUUGGUACGGCUUGUGACUUGAACAUGACAAAUAACAAAGGCUCUGCAGCAUGGAUGGCACUAGAAGUAUUUGAUGGCUCGCGUUACAUUGAAGAAUGUGAUAUAUUCAGUUGGGGGGUGAUAUUGUGGGAGAUAUUGGCCCGUCGAAAACCAUUCGAUGAUAUUGGUGGAUCUGCGUAUCGCAUCAUGUGGGCAGUACAUGUUGGACAACGACCACCUCUUAUUGAAGAUUGUCCCAAUAGAAAAUUUAAUCACCAGGUGUUGGAGUAAACGCUCUGAAGAACGACCGUCAAUGGACUUGUCUAGCUUCAUUCAUCAGCGGACUUUUAGAACAGUUGAAUAACAGUAUGUCUGAAGACUAUGAAGAAAAUUAUGACGAUAACGAUGAUGAAAUUGAUCAAGAUACUAUUGUUGUUUCGUGGGAUAUGUCUUCUAGUCAAAUUAAUGGUUAUCAAGUGAACGGCAUUAAUAAUGAUAGCAAAAUUGAUUUAUCAACUUUUAAAACUACAACAAUUAAAAACAAUACAAAAUAGUCAAGAAUUUAGGGAUUCAAAUGUUAUUGAUAACUUUCCACAAAUGAAACCAACAAGUAAUAAUGAUAAUAGAGAUUCUAAUAAUCGAUUUCAACCACUUCAUAUUGAAUGUGAUCCUAAUGCUUGGGAGUUAGCUACGAGUACAGAAUCGUUGUGGGAACUUCAAAAUACAGCUUAAAAAACAUAAUCGUAAAAUAAAGCCGCCAUAAAAUUUGGACGAAACAUUUUUCAAUGAACUUGGAUAUUUACAUUGAAAUAAAUACUUUCAGAGCCACAUUCGUUGUACAUCUAUGUUCUGUACUCAAAAAUUUUAUUCCAAAAGUAAUUUACCAGCCGAAUUUCAAUUAGUAUUUCAUUUCGCUUUUUUUGGGAGAAACAAUCAAAUACAGUUAUAAUCUUCGACUAUAUUAAAAUUCCUGAGUAAAGAUUUAUGUUGUAAUCAACUUAUCAAACAUCCAUUCGUUAGCAAAAACGUGAGAUUUUGAUGGAAGCAAAAAUUGAACAUACAUUGAUGCGUCUGGAUAAAUAGUUCGAUAUUUUUGAGAAAAUUCAUUAUAAUACUCGUGACAUAAUAUUUAUACGAAAAGAAAACAACUGUGAGUUUCAUUGAUAGAAAAAACAGUUGCAAAAAUUCACAGUCGUUACGAGGCGUUGGUUUCUGGACGAGCAAUCGAGGGCAAUUAAGAGGAGCGAAGUGAUCCAGCUAAAAAAACCAUGCAUCAGGAGAACGAGAAAGAAAGAACGAUUUUAUGAUGUGAAGAUUGGAAAGCUAAAGAGCUUACAGACGAGAACUGUAUUAAUGUGUACGAUUGUGUAACCUCGGCGUUCCUAACUGGGUUAUCAACUGCACGAUUUACACGGAUAGCAGAUGCAGGUGAAAAGACUUCGAUACACCUGGGUGCUCCGUUUGGUUGGAAGUUAACGACGCUCACUGAAGCACCACGUGAAAGUAUACCUUCACAACCUUCUGCACUGCCCAGUGAAGACGAACUGGACAAGGAUCUGAUUUGGACCCAGUUAUUGUCAUCCGGACAGACAAUGUUCCUGAUUGGGGCUAGCUGCGGCGGUCGAAACAUGAAAAUUGAUGAAGAAAAGUAUCAAGGACGAAGGUUGAGACCGCAUCACGCCUACUCGGUCCUCGAUGUACAAAAAAUUAGGCUGCUGCGCUUGAGGAAUCCUUGAGGUCACUACAGUUGAAAAAGCGACUGGUCCGACGACAGUCCCGUGUAGACACCCCAGAUUCGAGAAAUGCUGAUGUCUCACAGUGCUUCUGAUGGUGUUAUCUGGAAUUCAUUUGACGAUAUGCUUAAAUAUUUUUAAUGUAUCGAUUUUUGUAAAACCCGUGUAGGCUGGAGUGAAAUAAGACUACGUGGUACUUUGCCACAACUUUCGUUAUUGAGACACUUGUCGUGCAUACUGCUGACUGUACUUAAACCCACGGAAGCCAAACUUACAUUAUUCCGAGACGGAAUUCGGAAGUCACAACAUUUAAAGUUAGUUAUAUAUGGUUGUCUUUAGUACGAAAUCCCCUGCGGCAUCGUAAAUUGGUAGAUUAAUCGAACACAGCAAGUGACAAGUCCGAGGAUUCGUUGGGUACCACAAAAUGCUGGAGCGAGAUUUGUAUGUACAAUCUGUUUGUCUGGCAUUCAAUCAUUGGCAUACAAGUAUGGAGAACACGUCAAGUUAUCUUGAGUGCGUUUUGACUAUUCCCAGCUUUAAGCGGCUGAUGGUCGAGCAAAUAUCACUGCCGGCUUUCAUCCUCUCACAGUAAUGUCAUCGAAAAGCAAAGUUGAGCCUUACGGGAUUUUGCCAUGGAAUGUCUUACAAUUAGCUGAACAUUUGCGACAGGAACGUUUAUUUGUUAGUGCGGAACAACAAAAUCUUCAAAAUCUCAAUGAAAAGGUUCUUUACGUGUUAUCGGAUUUAGCUCAAUUGACAUGGGUCACUGAUCAACAAAGAGUGAAUUUAAAUAAAUUAAUAGUGUCGAGACCUGACUGUACACCUGCUUUAUGUUGUCAACGUGCAAAUGCUUUAGAAAAUUCACAAUUCCUUGGUGCAUAUAAGUGUAUAAGAUAUCAAUCAUGUUUAGUUUACGGAGAAUUCUUGGGAGCAUUAAGAAAAAGUCCAGAUAUCUUAGCUGCUUGUUUAGUAGAAGGCGAAAAAUUUUUACCCGAUAUGGUUCAAAAUAUUAUUCAGUCAUUAUCAGCUGGACUUUAUGGGAGUUGUUUACUACCUGAAGAUAAAAUAUUCGUUUUAAAAUUAUUGAAACAGCUUAUGCUUCUUCAAAUCGUUCCAUCCGAUAAUCCUCGGAGGCUACUUAGACAUGGGACUUGUGCGUUUUCUAGAUUUUAUUCAGUUUUUCACGAAAGUUUAUUUUCUGCAAAGUUAUUCCUCACUGCAGCUCUUCACGGACCCAUAACUCAGUUACUAAUGGAGGAUGAAAUGUUUCUUGACAUUGAUCCAGAUAAAGUACCGAUACGAUUUCCACCAUCCGAAAGAUUGAAAAAAUUUGGAGUUGAAGGGUCUUCAGAGUAUCAGUCUAAAUUGUUACGAUAUAGACUUUGGACAAUUAAUUCAUUGGUUCGAAUCACUCAGCGAUUUAUUACAAGUAUACGAGAAAAUAUGUAUUGUUUUCCUACAAGUAUACUUUGGUUAGUAAAACAACUAGCAGGAUUUUUGAAUAAAAGUGGUAACAUUGAAUCUAAGGAAGUUCAUGCAAUGUGUACCGAUCUUGUGUUCACCUAUUUUAUUUGCCCAGCAAUAGUCAAUCCAGAACCGUAUGGUAUUACUGAUGCUCCUAUCAAUUAUGUAGCUAGAUUUAAUUUGAUGCAAGUGGGUCAGAUAUUACAGAUGUUAUCUCUGAUGAAGUAUCAAACAAUCGAUAAUAAAGUUAUGGAUCUAUAUCGUCGCUUUGAAAAAGAUUCAGUUUCUAUAAUUAUUGAUUUGAUGUUAGAAGGAAUAAUAGAGGAACUAGAUGAUGAACCAAAAAUUUUAGAUCAUAAUAAGUUGCAAGGACUUAAUCGAUCUGCUGCACUUUUCACAGAGAAUGAACUAAAUUCUUUGAUUAUAUUUUUACAAACAGUAUGUCAUAACGAAACAGAAGUCAUUUCUCCUGAUAAUAGUACUUUAGAUCGUAAAAAAUUGAGUCAAAUGCUAGCUUUAUUGCCAAGUGGCUCAGUGAUGUCGAAUAAAAUUGUAAACAUUACCCCUUUAGAUUCUGUUAAAAGAAGUAGUGGUUUAUUAGGGAAAGUUGGUAUAAAUCGAGGAUUAAGACCUUCUACAUUCUCUAAUCCUUGCAUUUCAAACGAUGGUGUAGAAGAAAUCAAUAACAUUUUUAGUUUUGAAGAAGAAUGCAUAAAUAAAGUUUCACAGGAAGUUCUGGUUAUACCGUUCGGGUCAACACUACCUGAAUCGGUAGGUUUUUUAAGUGAACAUAAGAUUCUGUGCAUGGAAAAUCAAAAUAACAUGAAUCCUGGUUCAGUAACUUUAAAUCUAUCUACUGAUUCUUCAAAUAAUAAUCGCCGUAAUUCUACUGGUCCAGAGCGUAUUGAAAUACAUGAAAAAAGAACACGUUUUUCAUUGUCACACGAUGAAGUUUUAUUUGAAGGAUCUAUUGGUAAUACUUCAGAUAAUCUUGAAGUAGUUUCGGAAGCUGCUUCGAAUCAUAGUGUUGCUUCAUCGUUAGAACUGGAAACUGAAGAUCAAAACGAUAAUUUAUCCGAUAUGGUAUCUGCAAAUGUAUCUGGAAGAGGAUCUCCUAACAUUUCUGGUCGAGAUACUCCUUCAUCACAGAUUACCGAGGGUGAGGAUGUACGAGCAAGUGGUGAAGUUCGACCUUUAGACUUACCUGCUCCUACAAUUUCUACAAAACAAAGCCGAUCUGAAAUUGAUGACAAAUUCUGUAAAUUUGAAAUAAAAAAACUUAUUGAAGGUGAUGAGACAAUUUCAUUAGUAUCCGAUACGUGGUCUACAGACGUUUUAGCCUCUGAUAGUGAAAUAGUUGAACACCAAGACCGUUUUCUGUUUCCACCUCUAGCUGAGCAAACGUCGGGACUGUCUGUUGAACCUUUACAAGGCGUUGCGGAUGUUAGUGAAACUGCUUCAGAAGCUUGGAGUAUGGAUGUUCUUGCAAGUGACUCUGAACGUCUAACUGAGGUGGAUACUGAUGACACAUCAAGUGUAGCGAGAUCUGAUGAUACUGGAAGAUCAGAAAUAGAAAGUCGUGGAGAACCAGAAGUCAGUGAGGAAUCAUCAGAUGUAGUACACAUCUCUACGGGUCCUUUGCUAGAUAGUAUAAAUACAUUGCUUAAGCCAAAUUCUACAGAAAUUAAUCAAGAAGAAGCCUUAAUUUCUUUAUCACCUACUUCAUCAUCAGCUGGCAGGAGUACUAGUUUUAGAAGUAGUAAACCUGAUAAUUUUAGAAGCAUUAUUGACUAUGUUGAUAAUAAUGCUAAUAAUGUUAACAGAGUAGAGUAUUUAAAAUCGAUAAAAAAUGGUAAAUUAAUAAAUAUGAUGGAUAAAUUGAACAUUGAUGGUGAAAAAGACACUAGUGUAAAUCUCAAUUCGAAUAAUCACAUUGGAGUGGUUGCUGUUGCUCCUGAAUUAUUAUUGGCAAGCCACAUAUCAUCACCUCAUUUAUCGAAUGAAAAAUCAUUAAAUGGAGAUACAAAAUCUGCAGAAUCAGAAGACUUCAGAACAAGUGUAAAUGAUGUUAUUGUUAGGCUCAGUACAACUAGUUUAACUUCAAGCAGUAGUUCUGGUUCUGAAUCUAAAGUGAAAACCUUAAAUCAUAACUCAGAGUCAAUUCCAUUAUCAUCAACGAAUAAUAGUAAUGAUAAUAAUGAAAAUAGUAAUAAUAGUAUUGGCAAGUCAAAUUUUUCAACUGGCGCGAUUCCAAAAAGUAUAAGUUUUGAUAUAACUGCUGUACGGGGAGAUAGAGAGUAUUUAGAUGAUCAGAAACACAAACGUGGUUUUUUUAGCAAAUUUAAAAUGUCUUUGAAAAAUCGAAGAGGCAAGUCAUUACGAGAAACAGAUGAACUUGGAAGAUGUUAUGAUCGUGACAUUGGAGCUGACGGUAUAGAUGUUGGACGAUAUAAAUUACGUAAAAGAAUGUCAGAAGAUAUUACGACUAAUGCCAAUAAUAACGUUGAUAGUACUGACGAUAUCUUGGCUAAGUACAGAAGAAAACCAAAUGUAGUAUAUGAUACAGUUUCAGCGGACAACAGUCAGAUUCGACCGAAAGAAACUGAAGAUGAAAGACUUUCAAUUGAUUCAAACAAUGUAGAAUCAUCUUUUGCUUUUUCUGAUGCAAAAAGAAAAUUACGAAUGGUACUUAGCACAGCAGAUCUGCAACACAUUCCAUGGAACAUUUCUUCUGAGAAAAAUGCUUGUGUUCAAAAAGAAAACGAAUUAAUAGCUUUUUUACAACUUCAGCUAGCUGAAGCAAUUAAUUUACAAGAUCGUUCUUUGAUUGCUCAUCUUCAUGAAACUUUACGCUGUGUAAGAUUAUUUAAUGAUGAUGGCUGUAGGAAACUUUUUCAAUCCCUUAAAGAUGACUAUGAAAAAAGAUCACCUUAUGUUGCUUAUUUAAUUCGAUGUAGACAGGGUUUGUUAUCAACUUUAGCUCAUUUAGAACGACUAGGAGAACGAGUAAAAUGCGAUCGAGAUGCUGUAAAUAGCCAUUUAGUUGCUGUAUGUGUAAGGGUAUUUUUGGAAAAACGUGAAUUUCAAAUUCUUCGUUUUUGUGAUGAAUUUCAAAAAUUGAAGAUGGCAGAUGAAAAACAAGAUCUUCUUGAAAAUUUUCUAAGUAAAAUUUAUAAUGAAAUGGAUAAUGAUUCGAUUUGGCAAGUUGCAAGCGAGAGUCAACUGGAUUUAGCGAAAAUGGUAGUAGAAAGGACGGUGAUGGCUCGAGUAUAUCAUAAUGCACUGUAUCCCAAUGGUGAUGGAGAUAUAUACAGAGAUCAAUUAUUACAUGACCAUAUAAAAAAACUAUCAAAAAUUAUAACGCCAAACCAUAAAGAUUUACGAGUCCCCAAAAUAUAUCAUUAUGAAUGUCCUUGGCCAUGGGCUCAAGCUGAAUUGGCUAUGAUAUCUGCAUAUAAAACUCCACGGGAUAAAUUACAAUGUGUAUUUCGUUGUACAACAACAAUCAUGAAUUUAUUAUCAAUGGCAUCUGAAAGAGGGAUUCCCGCAGCUGAUGAUUUGAUUCCUGUAUUGGUAUAUGUAAUUAUUAAGGCAAACCCACCUUCAUUGCUAUCAACUGUACAGUAUGUAGACAGUUUUUAUGGUCACAAUCGUCUAGAAGGUGAAGAUCAAUAUUGGUGGACUCAGUUUUGUUCAGCAAUUGAAUUCAUAAAAACAAUGGAUUGAGAAUUUGAUUUAGUUGUGAAAUUAGUGGGAAAAUUUUUAAAUAGUUAUUUUAUUUAAAUAUUCAACAUUAUCUGAAAUAAAAAUUUACUAUGGUACUUA